GGCCCCGCCCAGCGCACGUCACGUGACUGCUGCGUGAGGGGUGCUUCCGGGAAGAGUCCUGCAGCUGCUACGGCGACUGCUUCCCGUCGUGCGACCCCAGAACCUGGGUCUUGGCCCUCCUUAGAACCCACUCCACUCCGCUCCGGUUUGGGGUUGGGGCGAAGCUAGCCAUGGCAGCAGGCCCGCGGGCGACCGCUGACACGGCCCCUGCAGCUGGAGCUGGAGAGGUGGAAGGUGAACAUAUCAAACCUUUUACACCAGAGAAAGCAAAAGAAAUUAUAAUGUCUUUACAACAACCUGCAAUCUUCUGUAACAUGGCUGUUGAUUGGCCAGCACAACACUGGACUGCUGAACACCUUUCUGAGGUCCUUCAUGGCAAGCAGAUACGAUUCAGGAUGGGAAUGAAAAGAACAGAUACAGCUCCUCAGUUUGAAACUACAUGUGGUUAUGUAGAAGCUACACUUGAAGAGUUUCUGACCUGGAACUGUGACCAGUCUCCUCUUUCCGGACCUUUUAGAGAUUAUGAUCAUUCCAAAUUCUGGGCUUAUGCUGACUAUAAAUAUUUUGUCAGCCUAUUUGAUGACAAGACAGAUAUUUUCGAGGGCGUGAUAUGGUCUGACUUUGGGUUUCCUGGAAGAAAUGGACGGGAAAGUACAUUGUGGAUUGGCUCUAUGGGGGCCCAUACUCCCUGUCAUCUGGACUCCUAUGGUUGCAAUUUAGUAUUCCAGGUACAAGGAAGGAAAAGAUGGCAUCUCUUUCCACCUGAAGAUACUCCUUUCCUUUAUCCGACUAGAAUCCCUUAUGAAGAAUCUAGUGUGUUCAGUAAAAUCAAUGUUGUCAAUCCUGAUUUAAAACGUUUUCCUCGGUUCUGCAAAGCUCGAAGACAUAUGGUUACCCUGAAUCCAGGACAGGUUCUGUUUGUUCCCAGACACUGGUGGCAUUACGUAGAAUCCAUCGAUCCCGUCACUGUCAGUAUAAACUCAUGGAUUGAGCUGGUUUAUUCCUGGGCAUUUUAUCUUUUUUUGGCUGCUAUGGUAAGUGAGGUGGGUCUUCUCUUCCAUUAUAUCAUUUGAGUGGAUGUUGUUGGUGUAUAUGAAGACUAUUGAUUUUUGUGUUAAUUUGAAUUAUUUUCUUGUGUGUAGUGAUUUUUUUAUUGACUUUCUUGGGUUUUAAGGUAUCUCUCAGAUUAUCUGAAAAUUAAGAUACUUUUACCUGUUCCUUUCCAAUUUGUUUUCCUGUAGUUAUUUUCCUUUGUCCAAUCACAUUGGCUAGUACUUCCAAAUCAAUAAUACAAAAUAAUGGAGAUAGGGGGCAUCCUUGUCUUUUUCUGAUUUUAGAGAGAAUUCUCUAGUGAUUUUUCUUGAAGUAAAAUGCUGGAUUUGUGGGUGAGUUGUGUGUGUGUGUGUGUGUGUGUGUGUAUAUAUAUAUAUAUAUAUAUAUAUUAAGUAUCUGUCAAUUCAUUACUUAUUUUGUUGGGGUUUUUUUAAUUCAGGAAAGGUGUUAAACUUUGUAGAAUGCCUUUUAAGCAUCGAUGGAAAUGAUCAAAUAAGACUCCUCUUUAGUAAAUAUCUGGUAUUUGAGUAAAUUAAAUCAAUGGAUUUUCUAGUAUGGGCCAUCAAUUUCUGGAACAAAUCCAUACUUGGUUGUGAUGUAUUCUUUCUUAACGUACUAUAUAGAAUACCAUUUGUUCCUGUUUUAUUUAGAUUUGAGUUCACCUGGCCCCAAGAUUUUAAAAGCCUUCACUAUGGUCUUUUUAGAAGUUUGUUAUAUACUGUCUGUUCAGCUGUCUCUCUUAGAAGUUUUCAAAGGAUUGGUGUCAUUGAGUAUACAAGUUACGCUGACUUAAAGUAGAUGAUUUCUGUCCUUCACCAAGCCAGAAAUGUAGUUCCUUCUAUAACUUCUAUAUACUUCACAGUUCAUUCAUUCUUCCUUGAAAAACUGGAAUGCAGAUUAGGAGCUGAGUAAUUAUUAUCUUCCUCUGUCAUGUGUUGCUUUUAUCCUUAUCUCUUCAAGCACUGAACCAUAGUUUUUUCACGUUGCCAAAUUUGACUCCAAAAACCCUUAGGUUUUAAAACGUAAAAUAUUCGGUAACUCAGGCAAACUCCUGACUCUGGUAUUCUUGUCACAAGUCACAUAGAUUUGGGGAAAAAAGUAGAAAUUUUAGUUCUGUUCAGGUGGUACAAUAUUCAUCUGUUCUUUGUUUCUCUGUUAAAGUGGUGCAGAUUCUAUUUUAAUAUUUUCCAAAGGAUAAAGUAUAUUCUCAAUUCUUCUCAAUUGUGCCUUUUUAAAAUCUGUUUCUUUUAGUAUUCCUCCUUAUUCUUUUAGUAUUGAAAUAUAUUUACUUUAUUAAUAUUUUCCCCCAAACUUUAAAGAAUAUUUUUGUUAAUUUUUUAACAACUUUCCUCUUGCUCUAAUAAUUUUUCCAUUUUUGUGUCUUUUGUGUUACAUUAUUUUAUACAUGUAAAAUAAUAUAUAUGUAACAUAUUUGUAAUGGUGUAAUUUCGCUCAUCCCCCCCCACUCCUCUCCUUUCUGGAUGAAGGGUAGGGGGAGGUACAGCCUUCCAGUUAUGGAAUGAAUGAGUCACGGGGAUGAAAGGUACAGCAUAGGGAAUAGAGUCAGUGGAAUUGUAGGAAUGUUGUAUGGUGACAGAUGGUGACUACACUCGUGGUGAGCAUAGCAGUGUAUAAGUUGUUGAGUCACUAUGUUGUACACCUGAAAUGAAUGUAACAUUGUGUGUCAGUUAUACCUCAAUUAAAAAAAUUUCUUGGAGGUUUUUGAGAGCUUCGAGGAGGUUUACUUCUUUUACUAGUUUUGGUAGCUUUAAAAAAGUGCAGCUUUUUAAAAGCCCAUUAAGAAGCAAAUGGACUAGAAUAGAACUAUUUUAGGAUCCCAAAUAAGUGCAUUUGAAUACUCUGUGGAAAAACAAUAAAGCGUGAAGUUCAGAAAUUUUAAGUAUAUUCAGGAAUUGUGCGAUCAAUUAUGGAAAGAGCCUAAAUGUCCAUCAACUGAUGAAUGGAUAAAGAAAUUGUGGUUUAUAUACACAAUGGAGUACUAUGUGGCAAUGAGAAAGAAUGAAAUAUGGCCCUUUGUAGAAACGUGGACGGAACUGGAGAGUGUUAUGCUAAGUGAAAUAAGCCAUACAGAGAAAGACAGAUAACAUAUGUUUUCACUCUUAUGUGGAUCCUGAGAAACUUAACAGGAACCCAUGGGGGAGGGGAAGGAAAAAAAAAAAGAGGUUAGAGUGGGAGAGAGCCAAAGCAUAAGAGACUCUUAAAAAAUGAGAACAGGGGCGCCUGGGUGGCGCAGUUGGUUAAGCGUCCGACUUCAGCCAGGUCACGAUCUCGCAUUCCGUGAGUUCGAGCCCCGCGUCAGGCUCUGGGCUGAUGGCUCGGAGCCUGGAGCCUGUUUCCGAUUCUGUGUCUCCCUCUCUCUCUCUGCCCCUCCCCCGUUCAUGCUCUGUCUCUCUGUCCCAAAAAUAAAUAAAAAACGUUGAAAAAAAAAAUUUUUUUUAAAAAUGAGAACAAACUGAGGGCUGAUGGGUGGGAGGGAGGGGAGGGUGGGUGAUGGGUAUUGAAGAGGGCAUCUUUUGGGAUGAACACUGGGUGGUGUAUGGAAACCAAUUUGGCAAUAAAUUUCAUAUAUUUAAAAAAAAAAAGUGAAUUGGGGCGCCUGGGUGGCUCAGUCGGUUGGGCGUCCGACUUCAGCUCAGGUCACGAUCUCACGGUCCGUGAGUUCGAGCCCCGCGUCGGGCUCUGGGCUGAUGGCUCAGAGCCUGGAGCGGGCUUCCGAUUCUGUGUCUCCCUCUCUCUCUGCCCCUCCCCCGUUCAUGCUCUGUCUCUCUCUAUCCCAAAAACAAAUAAACGUUAAAAAAAAAUUUUUUUUUUUAAAAAGUGAAUGGAUUUCAUAAAAAAAAAGGAAUUGUGCGAUCAUACUACAAUCA